CUUGUGCAUUGUGAAAGAUCAUCCCAAUGGCAAACAACAGUCGCAGCGGCAGCCGCCGCCCCCUCUACCCGGAAUUGGUCAAGGCUUUCCUCAAUGUCAUCGAUAGAGGCGAUGUCGAGGAGGUGCGGGCCCAACUAGCAGCUCACCCCCGCCUGGCCAUCGCUGAGGACGAGGAAACAGGCGUGACAUCAAUGAUGAAGAGCUCCGUCGCGCCCAAUGCGAUCGCCAUAAUGACCCUGCUGUACCAGCACGAUUCUCGAGAUGGAACAGACCCCGCAGCUCUCUUGUACGCGUGUGCAUGUGGCGCGAAACCAGCGGCGGUGGACUUGCUCUGGAGCUGGUCGCGCCAGUCGCGGGUGCCCGAAUUUAUGUUUUGGGCAUAUUGUGACACCUUCGGCGAUGGCCCGAUGGUGCUGGCCGCCCGAAGUCACAACGUCGUUCUCUUACGGCACUUGCGGUCCAUCGUCCGUAUCUCAGACCAACGUCAUCCCAGCAACCACAGCCUGAAGCAACUUCGAGCAAUCAUUUCAACCAACGACGAAGAGUUUGCCGUCGAGGCCAUGAGCACUCGGUUGAUUCAACAAGCCAUCAAGAACGAAGAGGAGAGUUACUGGAGAACAUAUGAGGAUCAUGGCAUGAUCAAAUACGGAUGGUUCAUGGUUGCCAAUUGUAUCAAGGACGCCAUCGUCGCAGACCUGCAGCGUGUGGUGGACAAGUUCGAGCGUAUCCACCCAGCGUACACGCAUGCGACGGUGUAUUACUGUACCCACUCCCUGCAACCGCAAGAACGAACGGUUUGGACCGACCUCAGAGCGCAAUUUGUGUGGGAUUGUUCACAUGACAUUAUUCGACCUGCUUUGUUGGUGCAACUGCGCUGGUUGCCUGGCUUGGUGCCGCUUGGCUACCACAUUGCGUCGUACUUGAUGCCAACCAAAACCGACCUUCACAAACGAGCUCAAAGCCGCAUCAAAGGCUUUGAACUGUGCGAGAAUGAACAAGAUUGUGGUCCGCUUUGCUCAUCAUGCUACCGUCGCAAGUCCAGUCACGGCAUGUACAGUUCGUGAGCUCUGGUAGGAACGCGUAGUCCAUGACCAAUAGCCUCGCGGUUAUUCCUUACUACUAAUCACCAGUUUUCGAU